GGGCGUCCGGUUGUCCCGCACCCGCCCGUGACACGGACUCUCGCGCUCAGCACGGCACGGAGCUUCUCCUCUUCACAGCUGAUCGGUAACUCCGCGUCUGUCACAUUUCCGCGAAGGCGUGUGUUGUAGUCGUUACCGGAGAGGAAGGACGCGCUUGCUUGGAGACGCCGGCGGCCCGUGCAUGGACGCAUCAUGUCUUCGUUUGUGUGCCGGGUUCAGUUUCUAGACGACACCGAUCCGUUCAACAGCACUAACUUCCCGGAACCGACCCGAGCUCCUCUCUACACCUUCAGGGAAGAUAUUGCUCUGAUUAACCAGCUCGCAGGGGUCCACCGACUCCUCAAAGCCCCUCACAAGCUCGAUGACUGUGCUCUGCAGCUCUCUCACACUGGUGUGUAUCUGGAUCUGGAGUCGACACUGGAUGAGCAGAGAGAUGAACUGGAGGGAUUUCAGCAGGACGACUGCGCAGGGAGGGGAAAGAAGCACAGUGUGAUUUUACGCACUCAGCUGAGCGUCCGUGUUCACGCGUGUAUCGAAAAGCUGUAUAACUCAAAUGGCCGUGACCUGAGGAGGGCGCUGUUUUCCCUCAAGCAGAUAUUCCAGGACGAUAAGGAUCUGGUUCAUGAGUUCGUUAUGGCUGAAGGUCUGACGUGUUUGAUCAAGGUCGGCGCUGAAGCGGAUCAGAACUAUCAGAACUACAUCCUCAGAGCUCUGGGUCAGAUCAUGCUGUAUGUGGACGGGAUGAACGGGGUCAUAGGUCACACCGAGACCAUCCAGUGGCUCUACCUGCUCACCGGCUCAAAGUUUCGUCUGGUGGUCAAAACCUCUCUGAAGCUGCUGCUGGUGUUUGUUGAGUAUUCAGAGUCCAACGCACCGCUGCUCAUCGAGGCCAUCGACACUGUGGACACUAAGAGAGGCUGUAAGCAGUGGUCAAACGCUAUGGAGAUUUUAGCAGAGAAGGACGGUGUGGACACAGAGCUGCUGGUCUAUGUGAUGACGCUUAUUAACAAGACGCUGGCGGCGCUGCCCGAUCAAGACUCGUUCUAUGAUACGGUGGAUGUUCUGGAGGAGCAGGGAAUAGAGAGCGUGUCGCAGCGUUAUCUGGGUCGGAAGGGAACCGAUCUGGACCUGCUGGAGCAGCUCAACAUCUAUGAGGUGACUCUUCGGCACGAGGACGGCGAUGAGGAUGCUUUGCCUCCGUCCUCCGGCCGGCGGGACAGACGCCACUCCAGCGUGGGCGGAGCAGAGAGGCGGGGCUUGGAGAGACGCCGCAGCCUCAGGCAUUCAUUGGGCAGAUCAGGCCACGCCUCCCCACUCAGCCCCGCCUCCCCACACCGCGCUAACUUCCAGCCGUUUAAUGGACAGGAACUCGACGAGAGGUCGUUUUCUGCUGUAAGCUCUUCAUCCACACCAGCCAAACAACACAGUGACAGGCCUGCUCUGGGCGGCCUGCUGUCGUCCUCGUACCGGCAGCAUCAGGAGUCUCUGGCGGCGGAGAGAGAGAGACGGCGCGUGGAGCGAGAGGAGCGACUGCAGCGCAUCGAGAGAGAGGAGCGCAACCGACACAGUCGGGACUAUGUGUCGAACAUGGAGGAGGCCAGACACGCUCGAGAGGAGAGGUUUCGGACGGCCGAGCGACUGGCGGCGGAGGAGUUCGAGCGAGAGCGAAUGCGUUCAGCGGCUCGAGGUCUCAGCCUCACUCUGAGCCCGACGGACACCUGUCAAUCAUCCCGCAGUGCCACGCCCUCCUCUGUGACAUCACAGGACGAGCAGGACACGCCCAUCACGUCGUACCCGCCCUCUGAACCAGACACUAAUGAUCUAGAACCGGACGUGGAGGCCAAUCUAGAACCUGAGGAGACAGACGCAGAAGCCAGAGAAGAACAGGAAGAGGAAGUGGAGGAGAUACAUGCUGAACAGGAAGUGGGCGGAGCCGAGGAGCGGGCGGAAGAGGAAGAGGAGGGGUCUGAACGGGAAGCGCCGGAUGGAGAAGCGGAGGACAGUGGCAUCUUGAGUGAUAAAGAACGACAGAACGAAGAAGUGAACGAGAAGGACAACUGCUCCGCCUCCAGUAUAUCCUCAGCCAGCAGCACACUGGAAAGAGAAGAUGGACUCAAUGCAGGCGGCGCAGAGACAGGUCAGUGGUCAGCUCAGAGCGUCAGCAACGAACAACGAAACAAGAUCCUCAACAGCAAACUCUUCAUGCUGGACAUGCUCUACUCGCAGAACAAAAAACCCUCGGAGGAAGACGAGGACGAAGACGAGCUGGCCGAGGACAAAGAGCGAGAUGCAAAAGAAAAGGCUGAGGAUUCAUCUCAGGACGUGACGCCACGGGAAGGGAACGCCGCUAAGAGUGAAGGAGACAAGAAAGUGGAGAACCAGAGCAACGUGCGGGCGUUCGCAGAGCGCUUCGGUGACAUAGUGAAGGGUCUCACCUCUCCACCAAUAGAAACGCAGGAACCUCCUCCUCCGCUGCCGCCUCCGAAGAAGGAGUCGGAAUCCAUCUGGGACCAGCUGAUGGCAAGUCCGCGGGAUCUGCGCAUCGGCGACAUCGACUUCACCGAUCUGGGAGACGAGGAUGACCAGGAUGUCCUGGACUCUGGGAGUUUAUACAGCUCUGGCGAUCUGCAGGCUCCGCCCCCUCCGCUCUUCCAGAAGAGGAAGAAGACCAUCCGCUUGUUCUGGAGUGAAGUCCGGCCCGCCGACUGGAUCUACCGCAACCACAAACGCAGCCAAGAGUUGCUCUGGUCCAGACUUGAACCUGUCAAACUUGACACGGCUAAACUUGAACACCUGUUUGAAAGCAAAUCCAAAGAGAUGCCCGUGACUAAGAAAACAGCAGCGGAUGGGAAGCGGCAGGAGAUCAUCAUUCUGGACUCCAAACGCAGCAACUCCAUCAACAUCGGUCUGACGGUUCUUCCACCGCCACGCACCAUCAAAACUGCCAUACUGAGCUUUGACGAGUAUGCGCUCAACAAAGAGGGCAUUGAGAAAAUCCUGACGAUGAUUCCCACAGAGGAAGAGACGCAGAAGAUCCAGGAGGCUCAGCUGGCGAAUCCUGACAUUCCGCUGGGCAGCGCGGAGCAGUUCCUGCUGACACUGUCCUCCAUCAGCGAGCUCUCAGCGCGCCUGCAACUCUGGGCCUUCAAACUGGACUAUGAAGCCACCGAGAAGGAAGUGGCCGAGCCGCUACAGGACCUGAAGGAGGGCAUGGAUCAGCUGGAGAAGAACAAAACGCUGCGCUUCAUCUUAUCGACUCUGCUGGCGAUUGGAAACCUCCUGAACGGCUCCAACGCCAAAGGCUUCGAUCUGACAUAUCUGGAGAAGGUUCCUGAAGUGAAGGACACGGUUCAUAAGCAGUCUCUCCUGCAUCACGUCUGCAGUAUCGUGGUGGAGAACUUCCCCGACGGCACAGACCUGUACUCUGAGAUCGGCGCCGUCACGCGCUCCGCUAAGGUGGACUUCGACCAGCUGCAGGAGACUCUGACUCAGAUGGAGUGGCGCUGCAAAGCAUCAUGGGACCACCUGAAAGUCAUCGCAAAGCACGAGAUGAAGCCGGCGCUGAAGCAGAAGAUGUCAGACUUCCUGAAGGACUGCGCCGAGAGAAUCAUCAUCCUCAAAACUGUCCACCGCAGGAUCAUGAACAGGUUUCACUGGUUUCUGCUGUUCCUGGGUCAGCCGGCGUACAGCGUCCGUGAGAUCAGCGUGACUCGGUUCAGUAAGCUCCUCAGCGAGUUCGCUCUGGAGUACCGCACCACUCGCGAGCGCGUCCUGCAGCAGAGACAGAAGCGCGCCGAUCACAGAGAGAGGAACAAGACGCGAGGGAAGAUGAUCACAGACCUCAGCACACAGACGGAUGAUGAAGAGGACAGUGAGGUGGGUCGUGUGUGUGUGAGCAGUGGCGGCAGCAGCAGUACCGCUCCCGCUGUCGGGCCGCAGACAGAGCCGCAGGGUUUAUGUCACGCUAAGGACGCAGCUGAACACGAGCAGAUGAAGGCCGUGCUGAAGAGUAGCCUGCAGAGAGGAGACAGCGACAGCACCAGCACCAGCACAAGCACCAGCACCGGGAUGACGGGCCUGAGGACGCGCACACGCACANGUGUCUCUACAGGCCGCAGCGCUUGGGCCGCAGGGAACGAAGAGUCUCAGUGUGCGACGGACGAAGCUGCAGACGACAUCAUGGAGAGAAUCGUACGAUCCGCCACUCAGAGUCCCAGAGAACGAGCGCAGCCCCGCGAACGACGCCGCUCUCGCGCAAACCGCAAGUCAUUGAGGAGGACUCUGAAGGGCGGUCUGACCGCAGAAGAAGCUCAAGCGCUGGGAUUGGACACGUCCGAAGCACACUGACGCGUUCGCCUUCAGCAGAACUCAUCUCAGGACAACAGAAUCAGUAAAAACAUGUUUUAGAUCACGAAAUGGCUGCAGAAGCUUUUCACCCAUCAUAAAUACAGCAAAGCUCCGCCUCCAUUGUGUGUUUGAUUCUAAGCCACGCCCCCUCAUUACAUACACAGCUCACCAGCCAAUCACAGGCCGCCACUGUGAUGAUGUACAAUCCCUUUAGAGAAGCGUGUUCAGGUAAAGGAAAGCUAAGAAUAUGUUUUCACUCCGACUGAACACUAUUUGAAUUAUAUCUAUUAAUGGUGAAAUGUCACUUGAUUCACUUUAUGAGUCAGAUCAGUGAAACUGUGCUCUGAUACUUUGGAUUAUUUAUUGUAAAAUGUGCAACAUGAAGGUACAACUUUAUAAGAGACAUUAAAUGUGUUUAUUUUUUAAAUCCUACAAUUCUAGAUGUGGUUAUCGGACGGUGAAACACCUUUAAAACACACAGACUCAGUGACUUUUUUUGUUAAAAUCAACACAGUUGGAUUUAUUAAAAGUGCAGUUCAGUUUUGUAUCUUUUGUCAUAUUGCCAUGUUUUAACCCUCUUCACGCAUUCAGGUCUGUUUUGACCCGGAAGAGAUACAUAAACGUUUCUAAACAAUGCAGGGUUUUUAGUACGGGAACGAAACUUCGCACAUGCUUUAAGACCCUCAAAAUACACAUCAUUUAUUUUUUUCAGAUUUUUUACAGUUAUUUUUUAAGAGAUAUAACC